GUGUAUGCGCGCGAGCCCCAGAGGCUGCGGCAAGCAGCAGAGCAGCAGAGCAGCAGCCCCUGGCUGGCGCGACGUGCUUCCAGUGCAUUCUUAGUCACUCCUCUCCUGGCAAGGGGCACAUUCCUGCUGACGACUUGUCUCCCGUGGAGGAGCAACAGGCUCUGCUUUCCCUGGCCUGAGAGCCCUGGCGUAUGUGCUUGCCUCUGCCGGGAGAACAGUUGCCACAGUGAUGGCAAGUGUUGCCCAGAAAAAGAUUUACAAAUAUAAGAAAGUGCUGAGUAACCCAAGCCGCUGGGAAGUCGUCUUGAAAGAGAUCCGGACCCUGGUGGACAUGGCCCUGACAUCCCCCCUGCAGGACGACUCCAUCAACCAGGCCCCACUGGAAAUCGUCUCGAAACUGCUCUCAGAGAACACAAACUUGACCACCCAGGAGCAUGAAAACAUCAUUGUGGCAAUCGCUCCUUUGCUGGAAAACAACCACCCACCACCAGAUCUCUGUGAAUUCUUUUGCAAGCACUGCAGAGAGCGGCCCCGGUCCAUGGUAGUCAUCGAGGUGUUCACCCCUGUGGUGCAGCGAAUCCUCAAGCAUAACAUGGACUUUGGGAAGUGCCCGCGACUGAGGCUGUUUACUCAGGAGUACAUCCUUGCCUUGAACGAGCUCAACGCGGGGAUGGAAGUGGUGAAGAAGUUCAUUCAGAGCAUGCACGGCCCCACAGGGCAUUGCCCCCACCCCCGGGUCCUGCCCAACCUGGUGGCCGUGUGCCUGGCUGCCAUCUACUCCUGCUAUGAAGAGUUCAUCAACAGCCGCGACAAUUCCCCAAGCCUGAAGGAAAUCCGGAAUGGCUGCCAGCAGCCGUGCGACCGGAAGCCCACUUUACCUCUGCGCCUUCUGCACCCCAGCCCGGACCUGGUGUCUCAGGAAGCCACGCUGUCUGAGGCCCGGCUCAAGUCGGUGGUCGUGGCCUCCAGUGAGAUCCACGUGGAGGUGGAACGCACCAGCACUGCCAAGCCGGCGCUGACAGCCAGCGCGGGCAACGACAGCGAGCCCAACCUCAUCGACUGCCUCAUGGUCAGCCCCGCCUGCAGCACCAUGAGCAUCGAGCUGGGCCCCCAGGCCGACCGCACGCUCGGCUGCUACGUGGAAAUCCUCAAGCUGCUGUCGGACUAUGAUGACUGGAGACCGUCUCUGGCCAGUUUGCUUCAACCCAUUCCAUUCCCCAAAGAAGCUCUCGCACACGAGAAGUUCACCAAGGAACUGAAGUACGUGAUUCAGAGGUUCGCUGAAGACCCCCGGCAAGAGGUCCACUCAUGCCUGCUGAGUGUGCGGGCCGGCAAAGAUGGCUGGUUCCAGCUCUACAGCCCCGGAGGAGUGGCCUGUGACGAUGACGGGGAGCUGUUCGCCAGCAUGGUGCACAUCCUCAUGGGCUCCUGUUACAAGACCAAAAAAUUCCUGCUCUCCCUGGCGGAAAACAAGCUGGGUCCCUGCAUGCUCCUGGCACUGAGGGGGAACCAGACCAUGGUGGAGAUCCUGUGCUUGAUGCUGGAAUACAACAUCAUUGACAACAACGACACCCAACUGCAGAUCAUCUCAACCCUGGAGAGCACAGACGUGGGGAAGCGCAUGUAUGAGCAGCUGUGCGACCGGCAGCGGGAGUUGAAGGAGCUGCAAAGGAAAGGCGGGCCCACCAGGCUAACACUGCCCUCCAAGUCGACAGACGCUGACUUGGCUCGUUUGCUGAGCUCUGGCUCCUUCGGAAACCUGGAGAACCUCAGUUUGGCCUUCACCAAUGUAACCAGUGCCUGCGCCGAGCACCUCAUCAAACUGCCUUCGCUCAAGCAGCUGAACCUGUGGUCCACUCAGUUUGGAGACGCCGGCCUGCGGCUCCUGUCGGAACACCUCACCAUGCUCCAGGUGCUGAACCUGUGCGAGACCCCGGUCACAGACGCUGGCCUGCUGGCCCUGAGCUCCAUGAAGAGUCUCUGCAGUUUAAACAUGAACAGCACCAAGCUCUCAGCUGACACCUACGAAGAUCUGAAGGCCAAGCUUCCCAAUUUGAAGGAAGUGGAUGUCCGCUACACUGAAGCCUGGUGAAGCUCCCAGCUCGAGCAGGAAGACAUUUGCAACCGCGACAAAACAACUCUUGACUAAGCCGCAGAGCAGCCGGUCCUGGGGUCCUACCCUGGUGCCCUGGCUGUGAGAUAGAUGGGGAGUCUUUCUGGGGGCGGAGGGGGG